AUACUCGAGUCGGCUGCCUGUUCCCUUACGUAAAAUCUGUUUUUGGGAUCAACUGGGUUACGUGUAAUAAUGUUUUACAUACUGGGCGUGAAUCUCAUCAGCUUUUGGUUUCACAGAUAUGAAGACAUUUGAGAUGGCAGAUUGCAGCUAAGGGACAGGGAUGUCGAAGCGCUGUUGCCCCUGGUCCGAUGGGACUCCCCAGAGGAAAACCUGUGUGAAAGAUGGGGCAGUGGCGGGGGAGGCUGAAAGAAAGGCUGUCUAUGAGCACACUAGAGCGUUGUUAUUCUCUGGUGCCCGCUCUUUGCAACUUUCUCCCACUCCUACCGUGUCUUCUUCUCCCUCGGCACGACGGGGCACAGCUAGGGGCCAGAUGCGAAUAGGGUCCAGGGGAGAAUUACUCCAGAGCCCUGAGAAUGCAGGUGACCCACCAUCCUCCCCUGCCUGCACCUUGUGUGAGCGCCCCCUGCAGGCCAGCGACUCCUGUGUGCGCUGUGAGAAGGUGGUGUGCGUGCAGUGCCAGCGACGUUGUUCUCUGUGCCUCCGGACUCACUGUUUCAUCUGCUGCCAGCCCAAUUACAAUGAACGCUACGAACGGAUGACCUGCAUCCACUGCCUGACGGAGUAGCUGUGGUGCCCUCUAGUGGCCGUUCUUGGAAUUUUAUGCCGAAAGCACCCUUUGUCCUGUUUGUGUCUCUUCAGUUGAUUAUGUCUUUAAAAGGUGUCAUUUCAUGAUUGAAUAAAAAAUGUGCAUUCCUCUACCCCCCAUAUUGUAAUCAUCACAUCAAGCACAUACUGACCUCACAAUCUGAAAAACAUUGCUGGGAUGUGCUGUUUGGUCAUUCCUGUAAAUUUUUGGUGCUGUGGAACAGUAAUAGUCUAUGUAAUUGAUGUUUAAAAUACUACAUAUUGUUAAUUUAAUUUAAUUUUAUGAAACUGACAGCUACUAAAUGUGAACCGUUCUCCAUGAAACAAAAAUACAAGUUUUAAACAGAAACUUCAGUAGGUCCAUACAGCAUUCCGGUCAUGUCAAACAAUAAUGAAUUAAAUGUGAAGACUUUUAUCUUCUUUUUCAAGCAAAGUUUGUGAGUUGUGUCUGUGCUUUAUCCAUGUUUUCUAUUUGUGCUUGGCCAUCACAAGUUAUAUAUCUUCAUAUGGAAUUUCUCAUGAAAAAUGUCUUUAAUGUGGUGCCUGUUGGGUCCAUUUGUACGUAUUUUUUUUAUUAACUUUGCUGUCUGUAUUAAUAAUGUUGAUUAUAAAGUAUCGAACCUAGCCCUAAAACCUUCCAUCCAGUAAACAAAGGCUACACAUUAUCUAUCUGGACAUUUAUUGUUGGAAAAAGAAUGAUAAUUUUGGAAAAAGAAUGAUAAUGGUAAUUGCAAUCUUGUAUGACAUAAAAUGUAUGUUUUGUUUG